UUUGAGUUAUGUAUCAAAUGCUCUAUUGUUUCUGAUAGUUUUCAUUAUCCAAAAGGCAUUUCUAAAGGCUUGGAAAGCUGUUUGUGAGGCUAAAACUCCUUCAGCUAUGCUAGUACCAUCUACCAAAACAUUUCUGCUGAACCCAGUGCAGUUUCAAGGCCCAUGCAUGUCCUCCACCGUCGGUGUUCAAGUAAUUAGGCUUUUCUUUUCUUUUCUUUUCUUUUCUUUUUUCCCUUUUCUUGAUGGUAACUUACUUGAGAAAGUGCAGAUCCUUGGGAAAAUAGUGGCUCCAAGUGACCUUGAUGCUUGGAAACACUUUGAUGCGAAAAAUUGGUUGCUGUUCUCUAAUGUGAGCAGACUCGUCAUACAAGGGAAUGGUGAAAUUGAUGGGCAAGGAGCUGCUUGGUGGAACCGGGAUUCAGAUGGAAAACCCACGGCAUUAGCAAUUCAUGACUGUGACGGCCUUCAGCUUUCUGGAUUAACACACAUUAACAGUCCAAAGAGCCAUAUGCACAUAGUUCGCUGCAAUCAGGCUUCCAUCUCUAAACUGAACAUAGUGGCACCUGAGGAUAGUCCCAACACUGAUGGUAUUGAUGUGGCCUAUUCAACUAAUGUUAAGAUUCACAAUUGCAAUAUUGGAACAGGUGAUGAUUGUAUCGCUAUUAGUGAAGGCACUUCCAAUAUCCACAUAGCAAACAUCCAGUGUGGACCUGGUCAUGGAAUAAGUAUUGGUAGCUUGGGAAAAGAUGGGAUGUCAUCCUCUGUAGAAGAAGUGAGAGUUCAAAAUUGUCACCUGAAAGGGACCAUGUACGGAGCAAGGAUCAAAACUUGGCAGGGGGGAUCUGGAUAUGCAAGGAAGAUAUCAUUUCAAGGAAUCACAUUGGAUCAAGUUCACAAACCAAUCCUGAUCAACCAGUAUUACUGUAAUGGAAAAAACAACUGCAAAAACCAGACAUCGGCUGUACAAGUGAGUGAUGUUUUGUACCAAGGAUUUCACGGAACGUCUGCAACAGAGGUGGCAGUGGAAUUAAGUUGCAGUGAGAAUAUAGCCUGCAGCAACAUUGUAUUAGAAGAUAUCGAUAUAAGAUAUGCAGAUUCCGAUAAAAUAGCUCAGUCGUCGUGUGACAAUGCUCAUGGAACAUCAACAAAUACAUUUCCUGCCGUAGAUUGCUUGGAGCCGUAG